UUUUUGUCAUAAUAAAAUAUUUGAGUCACUUUUAUUCACAAUGUACAAAUGUACAAACUAGUCUUUAGUUCUCUCUUUCUUAUUUUUGAUUAAUAACCAACUUUAUCUGCAUACACAUGGAUAUUUUAGGAUUUAUAAAUUAAAGUCGGUCUGGCUGGAAAAUGAGGUCACAAUUUGCAUAAAAAGGUCAUUGGCUCCAGAAAGAAACAUUGCGAUCUUCCCAAAUGACGACACAGUCACAAUUUUGUCGGAUUGAGGAAGACUGAGCCCGCAUCGGAGCAAGAUGUUGUCGAGAUCGUCCUCCCAGGUGGAGGAUCGCUACCGCAUGCUGAGCGGCCACUGCCCCGACGCCCAAUGCCAGACCAAGCUCUACUUCCCCUCCUACGACUCAAGCAUCGAGUGCACGGGCUGCGGCCAGCGGCACGAGCGCGGCACCUUGAGCAACGUGCAGGAGGUGACGGAUCCCGAGGUGAUGCUCCACAACAUGGUCCGGAACCUGCUGGUGGGCAGCGCGGUGCCUAAACAGACGGCCGACUCAGUCAAGGUCCUGGGCCUGUCCAACUACCACUGUAAGCUACUCAGCCCGCUGCUUACCCACUACGGCAUGGACAAGCAGGGCCGGGCCCGCCCGCUCCCGGAGUUGAACCAGGGCAGCGAAGUCUUCGACUGCAGCCUGCUGGGCGGGCGGGCUUUCCUACUGCAGCCCGAGCACAUCGGCAUCAUGGGUUACGGUCGGGACCAGACGGGCAGCGCCAAGUACCUGCGGGACACCUUGGAGUUCAUCAACCAGCUCAACGGGAACCAGGAGGUACUGGUGCCCAUCCACGCCGACGGAGACGGCCACUGCCUCGUCCACGGCAUCUCCCGCGCCUUGGUCGGUCGGGAGCUCUUCUGGCACGCCCUGCGCACAAACCUGAAGGCUCACUUCUUGGCUAACCUUGCCCAGUACAAGAACCACUUCAAGGAUUUCUUGACGGACAGCAGCGAGUGGACCCAGAUCAUCGCGGAGAGUGACCCUGACUACAUGCCCACGGAGACCGAACUCUUCGGCUUGCAGAACAUCCACAUCUUCGGCCUGGCCAAUGUUCUGCAUCGACCCAUCAUUCUUCUGGACUCCCUCAAAGGACUCCAGAGUUCCGGAGACUAUUCUGGAGUAUUCUUACCCGUGUUUGUCCCCCGCAAGGACUGCUGUGGGAAAGAUGGUACGCUCAACAAGCCAUUGUGUAUUGCAUGGAGCAGCUCUGGACGCAACCAUUUUAUCGCCCUUGUAGGGGUGAAAGGUCGGCCGUUGCCCCGCCUACCCAGGGGGAUGCUGACCAAGGCAUGGGGUGCCCCUCAUGAGCUGAUCGACACCUACAUACAAUUUGACCAGGACGACAUGUGUACUGUGGGUGGAGACCGUUCACUCUUGGACAAAUACGUACAGAGGCUCGCAGCCGCAAUGGAGGAGGUGUUUGUGGAGAAAUAUCGUCUCCACCCAACGGUGGUCGCGGACGUACAUCACUACAUCUAUAAACGCACUGGUGUGGUGGGCGUUAACCAGAACAUCAUCAUUGAGAACACGCGCCACGCCGUGGAGAACAAGCAGCUGUUCCGCUGCCUGCUCUGCAGUGCGGUCUCGCAGAUCGAGAAGACUAGCGUGCCGCAGGGCUGGCUGUGGCGCGGCGGGGAGCUGUACGAGUUGGCCAGGAAGCUUCACGGACGACUGAUGGAGGGCAAGGUCUAUGCCUUCCCACUACACGAACUGAAUUGCACCUACGACGCUGCAAAGGAUGAACUGGUUCCGGACCAAUCCACCAUGAGACCCUCCCAGUGUGCGUGGUGUCAGGGGAAGCAGUUGCGUCAGAUUCAAGCGGACGGGAGCGUGAUUUACUUCAACGGUGACCGCACCACGACCCCGGCGCCCAAGACCAAAUGCAACUGCGGCUUCAAGCACUACUGGAACGGUGUCGAAUACGACAACAACCCAUCUAUAUUCACGGUUCCCUUGAAGUGGAAAGGCCAGACCUACACGGAGGACGUGCUUUGGUUCCAGGACGAAUCGGACCUGUCCCUGAACAGCAACGCCUACGACAUCGCCUCGGCCCUGGUCCAGAAGCACUUCCCUGGGGAGUUUGGCAGCGAGAAGCUGGUCCAGCAGGUCGUGGAGACCAUCCUCCUAAACACUGCUGGACAGCAGGAAGAGUACCAGCCAAUCAGCUUGAAAGACAUGCCCAGCACGAGCACUUCCGACCAAUCAGCUGCCGGCUCUUCCCCCAAGGAAAGGGGAGACACUCCUGAACUCAAGCGGGGCUCGAAAACAGAACCCGGGGGACACACUCCCAAGCACCGACCUAAAGAUAACAGUGACCGCACAGGCAGAUCUGGAUCACCCAGCAGUGGCCGUAGUUCUCCUAGGGUGGGCUCCCCCCUUGAGAAGAAAGGAAGCAUGUUGGACGAUUCGCCGUCCAAGAUUAUUCUUACUGGACAUGCAGCUAAGACGCUCCAUAAAGAGGAGCUGACGAUGAGCGAAGCCGAACGCAACCUUCGCAAACGCAUCCAAGACAAGGCUCCCAUCACGCAAAAGCACCAUCAAACAUCUGAGGUAUCAUCCACCAACACGUCGCCGGGAGGAUCUGCCUCACAAACGGGAGACGGAGCCAAAGAGGAGGUGGGCCAAACGGAAGAUGUCGCCAUGGAGACUGUCAUCAAGGAUACGGUCGUCCAGGCGACCAAGGAGGCGCCCAAGCAGAAGAGGAUCCGAUUGACGUCUUCAGGUGGAAAACAGGCUACACUGGUUCUCGACCCCGGCACGACGUUCGCCGAGCUCCAGGCCAAGAUCGAGGCCGAGCUUCAAAUCAAGGCGGCCGAGCAAAAGAUCCGUUACGGCUUCCCGCCGAAAGAGCUGACGGCACCCGAGGGGGACCAGGAGAACCAACCGGUGCCCUUGCAGAACGGAGAUAGGGUGACCGUAGAAGUGAUUUCAAAGGUGCAACCCAUGGAAGUCGGACUGUCCGGACCCAGCCAACACUCGCUGAGCACCGCGCCGGGAUCUUCCACUUUUCCGGAGGGGGGAAACCGAUUCCUGAACAGGGAUGAGAUAAUGAGGGGCAUGGAGAGUCUACAGCAAGACACAGGUGACAACCUUGACCUGCGGCUCUACUCCCUGAACCUGAUGGCCACCCUGAUGAACUCUGACAUGUGGACCUACGUCCAGCAGAACGCUGCAUUAUUUGAGAGGGGUGGUCUCUUCUACGCCAUCGUUGAGAGGGACUUGGGAUUGGCCGACGGCAAACACUUCAUGUUGCCAUCGAUACCGAACAAGAAAUUCACGUACAACGCCAUGGAGGAUCGCAUUGAGAUCUGCCUUGAGCCCAUCGGCCAUUUCCCCAUCAGGCCCGGGGUGGACGAUUCCGACAGUCCCUCGACCAGCCGGCCCGCAAACGUUGUCGACACGGAGGAAUCGGACAGGUCCGAGUUCAUCACCGGACUCCGGAGCAAACUGAAGGCUGGCGGCAGUGGGGUUGUAACCUCGGGCGGUAAACAGGUCGGAGGUUAUAGAGCGUUCUCAGGUCACGCCCACACCCUGGCGUCCGGAUCUGGGGGGCAGAGACUCGAUGGGGGGUCCAGACUCGAUGGGGGGUCCAGCGGGGGGUCCGGACAACAGGACGAAGGGUGGGAGACGCCACAGUGGGCGCAGUACCAGAGGGAGUUUAAGAAGCUGCUGGAACAGCGGGAAGAGCAAGUCUCAGGGGGUGGAGAGUCAUCAUCAGGGGCUGUUCCAAUGCCAGUGGGGUCAUCCGGAGAACAGUCGUGGGGCCUGGGACUAGAGCCCAUGCAAUCAAAUCUGAGUGUGACAGGGGACCAGACUUGUAAACCAACAAAUCAGGAAGGACUUGGAGACGAAAGAAUGGACUCUACCAUUGUGGAUUCCGGAGUGGGGAGCGGAGGGGCAACUAGUGUGUCGCGCAGCGCUGAAGACAGUGCAAGCGGCGAUCAAGUAAUGGAACAUUCCAAAAGCGAGUCGAAGGGGGGACUUGACACCACAGAGGGGGAGUGUGUGAUGAGCGUCAGCAAAGAUGCACCGGUGGAACAGCGCGCCCCUUCAUCCCCCCUCCCAAUGGAAGUGGACUCGGCCGCCAGUAACAUUGAGAACACAACCAUUGUCCAGUCGCACCAAGUAGAAGGUCAAGCGAGCACAGGCAGUGACGCAACGCCGUUUGACGCACAAGCACAACAUCGCGAGGAACAUAAACCACUGCGGGACAUGGACGACAAACCGGACGAUGUCUCACCGGUAUACGUGCCAAAGAGACUGGGACCAGGGUACACCGUCCUCGUUGAGCAGGCACCACCUGGGGCAUCAAGGUCAAGCGAAGGAAACGAAAAGAGCGAAAGGACAUAAUGAGAACUCUUGCAUAGUCUGAUCAAUUUUUUUUCUUUUAUUACCAAGAUAUUUAGAAGUAUAAGAAAUCUAUUAUGUAUCUUAUUACUAGAAUGCUAACUUUAUAACUUAAACAAGCAGCGGACUUCACGAAACGACGCAUGACUUAUGCCAUGCGUAGGACUUACGCAACAAAUUUAUUGUGCAUAAUUGUUGCCCAAGUCGCAAACUUUCGUGAAACUUUCGUGAAAUUGUCAUAACUGAAAUGACACUCUCUGCAUUACGUUUCUUCAUCGGUUUGCAAAGGGUGUCAGUUUAUCCGCGGAGUGUUUUGUACGGAGGGGGCGUGUCCAGGUGGCAAAAGUGGGCGGGGUCACAUGGUCGGUGAAUCGAAAAAUGAAUUGUCUACGUGUAUAUCUGAUAUUGAUGGUCUGUAUGUAUGGCAAGCAAUGUUUACAUAUUGUAUUGAACGAAAGCAAAUUUAAGGACGUUGUAUCAGUCUGAGAGAAAAUUUAAUCGGUCACUAAUUACACAGUAUACUAAAAAAAAAAAAAUGUGUAUUCAACAUUAAAUUCUGUGUACAUAAUUUUAUUGCAUUGAGUAAAAUUACCUCCGCGGCAAAACUGUGCAGAAACCAGCUAGAAAUGAUCACAUUGUUUGAAUAUAGAUAUUAAGCUGGUUAAUUUAUUUUAUUAUUUUUUUUCUUUGGAAAACUUUUCAAAUUUUUCGUUUAGUAAGGCCAAAAAAAAAGUAAGUCGGUCUCUGGUCA